UUUAUCUCACCAAAAUCAAUCCUAUUAUUCACACUUCAUACACUAACUAGUACUUGUUUGUUCUUGCGCAAGAAUGAAACCUCUGCUUCAUUAUUCUUCUUCCAUUAUUGUUUUCUAUUUCUCCUUUUCACUUUUGAUAAUCUUCAUCAUAAAUUUUCCGAAGUGUCUAUGCGAUGAUGAUAUCCAACACGCGAACUGCAAUAUUCCUUUUUCCUGCGACAGCAAUAUCACAAACCUCAAGUAUCCAUUCUGGGGAGAAAAAAGAGAAAGUUAUUGUGGUGGUGUUGCUGAUCGUACUAAUACAAAGCUUACAUGCGAAGAAAAAGUUUCAAAGAUCACAAUCAAUAGCGUUAAGUAUCGUAUUCUCCAAUGGGACAAUACAACACAGAAACUCACAGUCGCUAGAGACGAUUACUCUAGUGGUAAUGUUUGUGCCGUGAAUACUAAUUACAAGAGCAGCACAUUUGAUAACACUCAAUUUCAAGCUAACAACAGUAAUGAUAACUUGACGCUAUUAUACGGUUGCAAUGUUAGAAGUGGAACUGUGGUUGAUCAGAAUCUUAAUUAUAUCAACUGUGACGAAAGUGAAUAUGUUGUCUACAUCGUUUAUGAUUCUGAUUCGAUUAUUGCCAACUGUACUCCAACUCAUAUCGUUGAGAUUCCCAUUUUGAGAAGCCUAGCUGGAGAACUUGGAUAUGACAAUAGAACUCUGAGCGAAGCAUUAAAAGAAGGUUUUGAGUUGAUAUGGAGCGGAAACUAUAUGGACUGCCAGAGCUGCCUUGUUUCUGGUGGAGCGUGUGGGAAUGAUGGAGAUACUGAAUUCAGAUGUUUCUGCGAUAAUGGAACUCAUGCAACUUCAUGCUUUUUGCCAGGGAUCUCAUCCUCACCCUCAAGUUCAAAACAUAACUGGAGGCUUAUUGUGAUAGUGAUAGGUGCUGCAGGAUUUGGAGUAACAAUGUUCUUUAUAAUUAUUAUGAUUAGAUGUCACCUUAAAAGGGGUACAGGUAGACAACAAAAGAGUAUCUUCUGGAGAAGAAGAAAGCUUGUUGAGCACAAUGUGGACACUUUUAUGCAAAAUUAUAAUUCAUCUAUGCCAAGAAGAUAUAGGUAUAAAGAAGUAAAAAGGAUCACAAACUCAUUUCGAGAGAAAUUAGGCCAAGGAGGAUAUGGUGUUGUGUACAAAGCAAGAUUAAACGAUGGUCGUCAAGUGGCAGUAAAACUUAUAAACGAAUCAAAGGGAAAUGGAGAAGAAUUCAUAAACGAAGUUGCAAGCAUUAGUAGAACAUCACAUAUGAACAUUGUGUCACUCUUAGGUUAUUGUUAUGAGGGGAACAAAAGAGCACUAAUAUAUGAGUUCAUGCCCAAAGGUUCAUUGGAUAAGUUCAUCUAUAAAAGUGAAUUUCCUAAUGCUAUUUGUGAUUUUGAUUGGAACACUCUGUUCCAAAUUGCAAUAGGCAUUGCUAGAGGACUAGAGUACUUGCAUCAAGGAUGCAACUCAAGGAUUUUGCAUCUUGAUAUCAAACCCCAAAACAUUCUUUUAGAUGAAGAUUUUUGUCCAAAAAUAUCUGACUUUGGUUUGGCUAAAAUAUGCCAAAAGAAGGAUAGUAUUGUGUCAAUACUAGGGACAAGAGGAACUAUAGGAUAUAUGGCACCUGAAAUAUUUAGUAGAGCAUUUGGAGGAGUCUCUUACAAGUCUGAUGUGUACAGUUAUGGCAUGCUGAUUCUUGAGAUGAUUGGAGGAAGAAAGAACUAUGAAACCGGAGGGUCGUGUACUUCUGAAAUGUAUUUUCCUGAUUGGAUUUAUAAAGAUCUUGACCAAGGUAAUACUACUAACACUCUUUUAAAUAGAUUGACAAUCUCAGAGGAAGAAAAUGAUAUGGUUAGAAAGAUUACUUUGGUGAGUCUAUGGUGUAUUCAAACGAAUCCAUCAGACAGACCACCGAUGAAUAAAGUAAUAGAAAUGCUACUAGGACCACUUUCAUCAGUGUCAUAUCCUCCAAAGCCGGUCUUGUUUUCUGCUGAAAUGCCAGCACUACAAGUAGACUCUAUAUCCUCCUCCGAUUUGUACGAGACAAACUCAAUUACAGUUUCAAAAUAAUUGUUCUAUCUACAAAUCAAAUGAUUAUCUCCACAGCUUCCAAAGUGGAACAACAACUUGUAUAACUGUCUCUGGCAUACAGUUUUGGAAUUAAUUAUUUGGUUCAAACUGGAUUGCAUAUAGUUGUAGUUAUUGCAGUGGCUAAACUACUGGCAUAUUUUGUUUGUAUUCAUAAAACAUUCUUAUUAUUUCUGUUGUGAAUUCAAGUCAUGCACCAUACUCGUCAAAAAUAUAUAAUUCUAAUAAAUUUAAAGAAAAUACUUACAUUAUGUCUACUACAAACACAUAUGCAACAGUGGUAGUUUGGGGUGCCAUGCAAACUUGUUAUUGAUAUUAGUGCUUCUGAACCAGCAUUAACAUAAAAAUACCAAAUUAUACAUGGAAAAUAUUGAAACCCGCUAUCUAAACACAAAACCCUAAAAUACCUAGAAAAAGUAGAGGGGAAAGAGGUGUACCUGUGCUGGUUAUCAAGAGUGAAGAGCUUCACCGACAAUGAGCAAUGACAUUUAUGCAAGUUGCAACAACCACCAGAACUUUUGAAAUUUGGGUAUAGUCUUCAAGGUUCUGAUGAUCAGGGUUUUAAAAAAGGUCGCGGUCGCGUAAAGGUUUUUGUGAUUUCGGUCGGUAAAGGUGCCACAAUAAUGAUUGCGGUCGUCACGGUGUGAAUUAACUACAAUUUGUUCUUCAAUAUAGAAACGGUGAUAAUGGUAUCGGCUCUGCCAAAACCGCAUCUACACCACAUUAAUAUAGAGUUAAUCAUUAAAGUUAUAUUUGAAUGGAUGGAAUGAAAAGAAACUGAACGGUAUUUUUAUU